CCCGUCCGCAGGAUUUAAGCGCGAUGACCGACUGACCGAGGUCCAACUGGCGCCGCGACGACGUCCAAGUGCGGAUCGACGCCGUCAUGAAGUCGGAGGCUGUAGAAAGGAAGGCGUGGAAGCGAAGGAACCUGCUUAAGUACAUGCAAACGCAUCGGGAUCGCGACAAACACGAUUUCGAUUUCUUGCGGGCUCAAGUCCGACAGUUAACACCUUGGACGACUUCGUGACGCAGGCUGCAAAGAUAGCGGGAUGCCAUUGCUUCCGUGGAAAGAAGUGUCCGCGGCUUUACUGGAGUGCCGGCUCGACUCGACCUCUGACAACGCCGAACUCAAGCGCUUGACGAUCCUGGCCAGAUCGAUGGCGCACAAUUUGCAUCAAUAGAUUUCAGCGAUGCACCUCAUCACAAUAUGCCCCACCGUCGCUUCCCUUGCCACGCAGGCCUUAGAGAAAUGUUUGCCUUCCAUCGACCUCGCCUGCUCGCGACACUGCUAAAGAAUGGAUUGUUCAGCGCAUGCUUCACAACGUUGACACCAUAUUCCACGAGUAUGGUCUGCCUUGUCGUGACAGCACCGUCUCGAUGGAAUAUCUGGACAUCGCGUUGGAGGAAACCUGCUGGAACUUGGAGAACCGUCUUCAUCAGGCCAUCACAUCGCCAAACCACGCCGAAAUCGCAAAGCCCUCAGAGUUCCAUCGCCAUUCGGCCUGCGAUCGACUUGGCGUCGAUGCUGUGCCCCCCGUUCCGUCUGACGUAAUUCGUGCUGUCACGUCGCAAAAUCUAACUUUGCUUGUUGACACGUGUAGAAUCGUCGGCGACAACGGCGCUGCACCAAAUGCACACGUCGCAAGGAGAAUGUGUCUAUGUGGUGAAUUCAUUGAACCAGACUGUGCCAUAUUCGUAAUCCAGCAAAUCCGCGACGACGGCGCGCGUCCGACCACUGCCACUGACAGAAUGCGCGAUUGAAUGGCUUGGCAGGAAUUCGAUCGCCAGCCCACAGGCCAGUGG